AUGGCCAGGAAUGAAACCGCUUGUAAGAGUGUGAAGCGCUCUUCAGAUGGCAUACGCGAGUUUUGUAAGACAGCUGAUAUAGUAGCGCUGCAAGAAACGUGGCUGCUGCCAGACGAGUUGUCUUUCCUCGAGACGCUGAGUGACGACUUCAGCUCGACAGGUGUGUCAGCGGUGGACACCGCGGCAGGCAUGUUGCGUGGAAGACCGUACGGCGGAGUCGCGCUUCUAUGGAGACGUAGUGCAUUUCAAAAUGUGUCUAUUGUGCAGUGUCAUAACUCGCGUAUUUGUGCUAUCAGAAUAGUGUUACCGGAGAAAUCGUCGAAGGCAUUUGACUUGGUUUCGUACGAUGUAUUAUGGAAAAAGAUGGAGGAAGCAAAUAUACCUCCAGAACUUACCAAUAUUUUUAAAUAUUGGUAUCAAAACCAAGUCAACAAUGUCCGAUGGGCAGGCGUUCUUUCGAAUUCGUAUGGGUUGGAGUGCGGGGUGAGGCAGGGUGGUUUAUGCUCGCCGACUCUCUUCAACCUUUACAUGAAUGAAUUGCUUUGUGAGCUCAGCAGCACCAGGGUUGGCUGCUACAUAGAUGGGGUUUGUUUAAAUAAUAUAAGUUACGCCGACGAUAUGGUGCUGUUGAGUGCAUCGGUCUGCGGUCUCAGGGUACUGAUGGCUAUUUGCGAGGCUUAUGUAGAAAGACAUGGACUUACCUACAAUACAAAAAAGAGUGUGGUGAUGGUCUUUGAGGCUGAGGGUAAGACACCGAAUAAAGUACCUCCUAUUUUGAUCAAUGGGGUAGUAUUGGAGAGAGUUUAUCAAUUCAAGUAUCUCGGGCAUAUUUUGACUCCUGGCCUCAAAGAUGAUGCUGACAUCGAAAGAGAACGGAGAGCAUUGUCAGUGAGAGCAAAUAUGCUGGCUCGCAGGUUUGCGCGGUGUACCAACGCCAUUAAAAUCACGUUGUUUAAAUCAUAUUGUAUGACGUUCUACACGUGCAGCCUGUGGGCUAAGUAUUCUCAAAAAUCGUAUAACGCGCUCCGUAUACAGUAUAAUAAUGCCUUUAGGGUGCUGUUGAAGUUGCCCCGCUUUUGUAGUGCAUCGGGGAUGUUUGCGGAUGCACAAGUUGACUGCUUCUUCGCCACAAUGCGCAAAAGAUGUGGCGCCCUGGUGCACAGGUUGCGGGGUAGCUCCAACAGCAUCCUAAAGAUGAUCGCCAGCAGGUUGGACUGCAGAUAUGUGAAUCACUGCUGUGCUAUUUCAAAUGGACUAGAACGGCGGUGAUUCGCAUAUCCCUCUCUUAUACGUAAGUUACUAACAUAGGCUAAGUAUUUACUAACAAAAUAUGAGCUGUAUUUGAUGCUUGAAAUAAAAUUAUUAUUAUUAUUA